UGCAACCAGCUGGUUGGGGGGCAGCUAUGGAAGCUUUGUGUUGGUUGCUGGGCAUGCGUUGGAGGCCGUCGAUUUUUGGUUGGGAGGUGAGCUGCAAAUCCAGCCGCACCUUUGGCAUCGGGAGAUUUCGUUUUUUCCAAAGGCUUUCCAGAAGAGAAGGCCUCUUCCUUCUGUUCAAAGGCUUCCCAUUUCGAAUAUAUCAAUGGCAGAAGCAACAAAGAGGUAUGCGGUUGUUACUGGGGCAAACAAAGGCAUAGGAUUGGAAACUGUGAGGCAAUUGGCCUCAAAUGGAUUCACUGUAGUUUUAACUGCCAGAGAUGAGAAAAGGGGUCUUGAAGCUGCUGAGAAACUCAAAGAGUCUGGCCUCUCAGGUCAAGUGGUUUUUCAUCAACUUGAUGUGGCUAACCCUGCUACUGUUGCUUCUUUGGCAGACUUCAUCAAAACCCAGUUUGGGAAACUCGAUAUCUUGUUGCUAGGGACUGGAAUGGAUACGCAGGAUACAUCUCCUUCAGUGUUGCUAUUCUUUGACAAGGAAAGAUUUAUAUUUAAUGCUGGAGAGUAUGAAUCACAGUUAGGCAGUCAUCCAAUUGCUUCAGAUUCAAUUGUCUCUCACCUCUCUGACAUAUAAGCAAUCACUGAAGCAAAGAAGCGAAGAUAACUUUCAGGUGAGCUUGGGUACGAAAUCCAAAUACGAGAAGCAGUCGUUCGCCCAAAUUGUUUAACCAUUCUUCGCUUUAAAGAGUCAAGACCUCCAUCAAAGAGAAGAAAAGUCAUGAAGAAAUUGCAAAACAAAGCCCAACGAAUUAAACAACGUGCUGCUCAAAACUAUUCAAAUUUUGCUAUUUUAAUAGCUCCUUCCCACUAUUAACAUCUCAAUGUAUAUACAAACAUGUGUACUAUUUUAACAUAACAAGUAGAUUGUAAAAUAUGUG